AUGUAUAAAUUUAAAGAAUUAUUCGAAUUAGAACCAGACUUCAAACCAACUAAUCUUGACAAGUAUAGAUCAUUCCCAAGUGAUGAGCAACUUGAAGAAGCUAUUAAAAAUUUACAAUCUAAAAACCACGAUGUCAUUGUUGUAGAAGACGAGGAGCAAGCUAUGGAGGUAAUUAAAAAGUCCAUCCCAUCGCAAUCAACUGUUAUGAGUGCUGGUUCUGUUACCCUUGAGGAAAUCGGUUUCAAGAAUUAUUACUUUGGCGAUCAACACACUUGGAAAAAUUUACACGCCGAUAUUCUCAAAGAAACCGAUAUUACUAAACAAAUUACUUUAAGAAAGCAAGCACUUUCAUGUGACUAUUUCUUAAGUAGUGUAGGUGCCAUUUCUAAACAAGGUGAUUUAUUUGUUGCUGAUGCAUCAGGUACCAGAGUUGGUGGUUUUACAAGUGCAGGUAAUGUUAUCGUUGUUGCUGGUGUAAAUAAAAUUGUUGGUUCUGAAGAAGAAGGUGUUGAAAGAGCUACUGGUUUCUGUUACCAAUGCGAAUCGGUUAGAGCUAGAGCUGCUUAUAAAACUGCUGGUAGUGUUGUUCAAAAUUUUGUCCAAGUUAGAUUUGGUAAUGUUUUUGGUAAACGUAACACAACUAUCAUUUUAAUCAAAAAACUCCUCGGCUAUUAA